AUACCACCACGAGUUUGAUGAUCUGAAACAGUUUCAACAACAAUCUUCUUUCUUUACCAUGUUAAAUAACACCCUAUAUAGACAAGGCUAUACUUGCCCACUUUUAAAAUGCUUGGACAGGUCCGAAACGGAUCUUGAUUUAGCAGAAGCCCAUAAAGGCAUCUGUGCUACACAUGUAGGAGUCCGGAAUUUAUCUUCCAAAAUACUUUGCGCAGAAUUCUUCUAGCCGAGCAUACAAAAAGAUUGUUUCGAAAAAGCGAAGACUUGCACAAACUGCCAAAAGCAUGCUCCAAUAAUACAUGAAUGAACUCAUCCCGAUGAUAUAUCUUAAACGUAUCAAAAUAGUAUAACUCGGUAACCGCAAAACGACUUCUAAAUGCUUAUCCCUAUUAUAAGAGAGAGGUUAAGCAGAAACAAAAGAUAAGACAUUGAUUUAAGAAUUACUUGAAUACAGAACUUAUAAUUAACUCACUGACUUGAAUGUCGGAAUAUUUUUUGCAGGUGACUACCUCUUUGUUCUUUUGGUGUCGAGGUAUAACUCAUGACGAAAAACUUGGAGAUAAUUGCCGGAAAACGAUACCAAAGCCAAACCUCACAAAAACAAAUACUAAUUAAAAAAAGUAAAGACAAAUAAUAUUUGUUUGUAUUUCCCUUCCUCAGCCAAAUGGUUAUCUAUAAGUUGCAUUUUCCCCUUUUAUAAGUAUUCCGGCCAAAACGUAAAAGAAGAAAACUAAAAAAAAUAAAUACUAAAAGGUAGAAUAAUAUUCUAUUUGGUCAUCAUAGAGGUAAGUAGGGUAAGCAAUUCAUAAUUUAGUAUGUGUAUUUUCAGACCCUUUCCCUCUGACAUAACUGCCGGAAGGCGAUACUAACUAAACACCUCCCUUUGGCCUAAAAAAGUUUCCAAGGAGUUUUCUAGACCAGAUUUGGCAUGAAAAUGGAACCUCAAUUGAAUAUAAUUUUUCUUCCAUAUCCAACUCCUGGCCACAUGAUCCCAAUGGUAGAUUCAGCAAGACUAUUUGCAAGGCAUGGAGCAAGUUCCACCAUCAUCACUACACAAGCCAAUGCUUCAACAUUCCAAAAGGCCAUAGAUAGUGACUUCGAAUCCGGAUACUCAAUCAGAAUCCAUGUGAUUCCAUUCCCUGCAUCUCAAGUUGGUCUCCCUGAAGGUGUUGAAAACAUGAAAGAUGGCAAUUCACUAGAAAUCAUGGGCAAAAUCGGCCGUGGAAUACACAUGCUCAGAGAUCAAAUUGAGCUCCUCUUUCAUGAUCUUAAUGCUGAUUGUUUAGUCACAGAUAUGUUAUAUCCUUGGACAGUGGAUUCUGCUGAGAAAUUAGGAAUUCCAAGGCUUUACUUUUACAGCUCGAGCUACUUCUCGAAUUGCGCUAGCUAUUCUGUUAGGAUUCAUAGGCCUCAUGAUGGACUUGAAUCUGAUACAAGCAAGUUUUUGAUUCCGGAUUUGCCACAUAAAACAGAGAUGACUGCUCUGCAGCUUGCAGAGUGGAUAAGGACUAAGAAUAACAGCACCGCGCAAUUUUUCGAUGCAGUGUUUGAAUCUGAGAAAAGAAGCUAUGGAACAGUGUACAAUAGCUUUCAUGAUCUUGAAAAUGACUAUGAGGAACAUUACAAGAACAUAAUGGGGAUCAAAGUUUGGAGUAUAGGACCAGUUGCAGCAUGGAUCAAUAGUACUAAUAAGGGACAAAAACAUGAUCAUGUAGAAGAAUUAGAGCCCAAAUGGUUAAAGUGGCUUAAUUCCAAGAAAAUUGGUUCAGUUUUGUAUGUUUCUUUUGGUAGCCUAACUAGGCUUGCUAAUGCUCAAGUUGCUGAAAUUGCUCAUGGACUUGAAAAUUCUGGUCAUGAUUUCAUUUGGGUAAUUAGGAAAAGGGAAAAUGAUGAUGAUGACAAUGAUGGGGAUAGUUUCUUGCAUGAUUUUGAGGUUAGGAUGAGAGAAAGCAAUCAGGGCUAUAUUAUAUGGAAUUGGGCUCCACAGUUGCUAAUAUUGGAACACUCUUCUAUUGGAGGAAUUGUGACACAUUGUGGAUGGAAUUCAAUUCUUGAAAGCUUGAGUUUUGGGUUGCCAAUGAUCACUUGGCCAAUGUUUGCUGAGCAAUUCUACAAUGAGAAGUUGUUGGUUGAUAUGUUGAAGAUCAGUGUCGCAAUCGGGGUGAAGGAGAACAAAUUGUGGGUGAGUUUGGGUGAAGAAGAUGUGGUGAAAAGGGAUAUGAUCACAAAUGCUGUGAAAGUUUUGAUGGGAAGUGGUGAAGAGAGCAUGGAAAUGAGGAAGAGAGCAAAGAAGCUUGGUGAUGUUGGCAAGAGGGCUAUAGAGGAAGGGGGAACAUCUUACAACAACUUGAUUCAGUUGAUACAAGAGCUAAAAUCAUUGAAGGUAUCAAGGGAACUUAGCAAAAGAAAAUUGGAAAAUUAAAAGUUUCAAACGGUUGGUGGAGUGGAUUUAGAUGAUUGAUGUAACACCCUUAUUAUCAGAAUGUCACGUUUUUGGCUGCACCACUCUAAUAACAAAAAGUAUUACAACGAUUUCAUGUAUUUAAUAAUAAAAUAAGAGUUUUUGACUCGUAACCAUAUCACUGAUUUCUUUAAA